CGGGGAGACAGCGGCGCUGUAACUUCAGCACCCUGGACAGCGACCUCUCUGCCAGUCAUGGCUUGAAGUAUUGCGGUUGCUCGUGUUUUUAGUGGGUUUCGCUGCUGAAACGAGUCGUUUUGCGUUGAAGUGCGGUGAGCACCCAGCUCCACGUUGGCGCAGCGGCGUGUUAUACAUCUAACAGCGCGAGUUUGGAGACACUCUCUGCUCGCUUUGCUUCGCUCGGCUCGUCUGGGAGGAGGACAGUGCGGUAAAGAGCCUCGAGCCAAGGCUGGAGAGAAAGCAGAGGGACAGAGGGGAGCGAGAGAUUUUGGGGACUUCGUUUCGAGUCAUUGGCAGGGAUGCUGCGCGUGGACGGCAGUUUGGCGAUGCUGAUGUGGAUCGUCAGCCUGAUGAGCGGCUCAGCGGCGGCUCUCCCGUCGUCCCAAAAAUGUGACGAGGCGCUCGCCACAUCGCUUCCCCAUAGUGCAUUCACCAGCUCAUCGGUCUUCACCAGUGGCUAUGCUCCUGGAUAUGCCAAACUGAACAGGAGAGGAGGUGCUGGAGGCUGGUCUCCUUUGGACAGUGACCAUUACCAGUGGCUUCAAGUGGACCUGGGCAUUAGGAAACAGGUCACAGCCAUAGCAACCCAGGGCCGAUACAGCAGCUCUGAUUGGACAACACGCUACCGGUUACUGUACAGUGACACGGGCAGGAACUGGAAACCUUACCAUCAAGAUGGGAACAUAUGGGCGUUUACAGGUAACUCCAACACAGAGAGCGUGGUGCGACACGACCUGCAGCACGCCAUCGUGGCCCGGUACCUCCGCAUCAUCCCUCUGGACUGGAGCGAAGAGGGUCGGAUAGGUCUCCGAAUCGAAAUCUACGGCUGUCCAUACUGGGCCGAUGUGAUUAACUUUGACGGCCAGGGGGUGAUCUCGUACCGUUUCAAAAUGAAGAAGAUGAAGAUCCUGAAGGACGUGAUAGCUCUGAAGUUUAAGACGGCGGAGAGCGAAGGGGUGAUCCUCCACGGUGAAGGCCAGCAGGGAGACUACAUUACGCUAGAGCUGCGUCGAGGCAGACUGUUGCUGCAGAUAAACCUGGGCAGUAAUCAGUACGGCUCCAUCCUGGGCCACACGUCAGUGACCAGCGGCAGCCUGUUGGAUGACCAUCACUGGCACUCAGUGGUGAUUGAACGCUACCGACGAAAUGUCAAUUUCACCCUUGACCAGCACACUCAGCAUUUCCGCACCAACGGCGAGUUUGACCACCUCGACCUAGACUAUGAGCUUACUUUUGGAGGAAUGCCCUACUCCGGAAAACCCAUCUCAGGAGGCCGGAGAAACUUCAAAGGCUGCAUGGAAAGCAUCAACUACAAUGGGGAUAACAUCACUGACCUGGCAAGGAGAAAGAAACUGGACACUUCCAGCUUUCGCAACCUGACGUUCUCCUGUGUGGAUUCUCACACGUUCCCCGUCUUCUUCAAUGCCACCAGCUUCCUGCAGCUUUCAGGCAGAAGAGAACACAACAUGGUGUCUGUGGGCUUCCAGUUUCGAACGUGGAACCCAAACGGCCUUCUCCUCUUCAGCUCUCUGGCGGACGGCAUGCUGGAAAUUGCUCUGAACGAUGGAAAAGUCACGGCACACAUCAACGUCACACAGCAAAAGAACUCACGCGUCGACAUUGCAUCAGGUUCAGGGCUAAACGAUGGCGAAUGGCAUGAUGUCCGCUUCUUGGCCAAAGAGAACUUUGCCAUGCUGACCAUUGAUGGUGAUGAAGCUUCAGCUGUGAGAACCAACGCCCCCAUCCAAAUCACCACAGGCGGAACAUACCACUUUGGAGGUUAUUUCUUGUGGACACAGGCCUCUCCAUUCCAGCGUUCCUUUCAGGGAUGUAUGCAGCUCAUCCAGGUGGAUGAUCAGCUGGCCGAUCUGACCGCUGUGGAGCAGGGCAGGCUGGGAGCCUUUGAGAACGUCAGCCUGGACAUGUGUGCCAUCAUCGACAGAUGUAUGCCCAAUCACUGCGAGCAUGGAGGGCGAUGCACUCAAACCUGGAACAGUUUCAGCUGUUCUUGUGAUGGGACGGGUUACACUGGAGCUACCUGUCACACAUCUGUGUAUGAACAGUCAUGUGAGGCUUAUAAACACCUGGGAAGAUCUUCGGACCUGUACUGGAUUGACCCCGAUGGCAGCGGAUCUCUAGGACCCUUCAAAGUCAUCUGCAACAUGACAGAGGAUAAGGUGUGGACGACGGUGGUGAACAACCUGCCGGCUCAGACAUCAGUGACUGGCUCCAGCAGAGAGCGGCGCACAGUGCUGCAGCUGAACUAUAGCGCCACCAUGGAGCAGAUUAGUGCCAUUACCAGCAGCGCAGAACACUGUGAACAGCACGUCGCAUACAGCUGCCGCAUGUCACGCCUGCUCAACACACCAGAUGGGACUCCAUACACGUGGUGGGUUGGCAGGGCCAAUGAGAAGCACUUCUACUGGGGCGGUUCUGCACCUGGCAUUCAGAAAUGUGCCUGUGGCAUCGAGCGCAACUGCACUGACCCUAAAUAUCACUGCAACUGUGACGCAGACCAAAAGCAAUGGCGAGAAGACUCUGGGUUGCUGGUGUACAAGGACCACUUACCUGUCAGCCAAGUCGCUGUAGGAGACACUAAUCGACCCGGCUCAGAAGCCAAGCUGACCGUGGGACCUCUGCGUUGUCAAGGAGAUCGUAGUUACUGGAACGCUGCUUCCUUCAACACACCUUCAUCCUACCUGCACUUCUCCACUUUCCAAGGAGAAACCAGUGCAGAUAUCUCCUUCUACUUCAAAACCUCCGCUCCCUACGGCGUCUUCCUGGAGAACCUGGGCAACACUGACUUCAUCCGCCUGGAGUUGAAAUCCCCAACAGUGGUGUCUUUCUCGUUUGAUGUUGGUAACGGCCCAGUGGAGCUGAACGUCCACUCUCCCACUCCGCUGAACGAUGACCAGUGGCACAGGGUCAGCGCUGAGAGGAACGUCAAAGAGGCCAUUCUGCAGCUGGACCAGCAGUACAGAGAGGUCCGACCUGCACCAGAGCAGGGACACACACGCCUGGAGCUGUACAGCCAGCUGUAUGUGGGUGCAGCUGGAGGACAGCGAGGUUUUCUCGGAUGUAUCCGCUCUCUGAAGAUGAAUGGCGUGACCCUUGAUCUUGAGGAGAGAGCCAAAGUCACCCCGGGAGUUAAACCUGGCUGUUCUGGUCACUGUACCAGUUUCGGAAUGUACUGCCGUAAUGGAGGGAAGUGUGUGGAGAAAUACAACGGCUACUCAUGCGACUGCAGCGGCACGGCUUACGACGGACCCUUCUGCACCAAAGACGUUGGUGGUUUUUUUGAAGCCGGAACGCUGGUCAGGUAUAACCUGGUGCCAGAUGUGGUGGUUGCAGCCUCCAGCCUGGACAGUAAAAGUGUGGUCCAGUCGCUGCCUACAGAAACCAACUUGACCCGAGAGGACUUGGCCUUCAGCUUCAGCACGUCCAGUGCGCCCAGCAUCCUCCUCUACAUCAGCUCCAGAACACAGGACUAUAUGGCAGUGGUGCUGCGCCAAAACGGUACUCUGCAGUUGCGCUAUAACCUUGGUGGAUUGCGGGAGCCCUUCACUGUCGAUCUGGAUCAGCGAAAUCUGGCCAAUGGUCAGCCACACAGUGUCAAUAUAACACGCGUAGAGAGAGACAUCUAUGUCCAGCUGGACCACUACCCCUCGGUCAGCUACACUCUGCCUGAAGCCUCAGACAUUCAGUUCAACCUGGUCAAGACACUGUUCUUAGGAAAAGUCUUUGAGACCGGUCAGAUUGAUCCUGUGCUGAUUGAGAAAUACAACACUCCGGGGUUUGUAGGCUGUCUGUCCAGAGUGCAGUUUAACUCCAUCGCUCCACUGAAAGCUGCCCUCAGGACGCAGGUUCCAGCACCAGUCUCCCACCAAGGCAAACUCGUGGAGUCCAACUGCGGAGCAUCACCACUGACCAUUCCACCAAUGUCUGCCGCCACUGACCCCUGGCACCUGGAUGGAGGUGCUGAUUUCCCUUUCAAUGAGGAGAGAGUCAUACCGGAUGGGGUCAACAGGAACUCAGCAAUAAUUGGAGGCAUUAUUGCUGUGGUGAUCUUCACCAUCCUGUGCACUCUGGUGUUCCUGAUCCGCUACAUGUUCCGCCACAAAGGCACCUACCACACCAACGAGGCCAAAGGCCGAGAGUCCUCCGAAUCGGCCGACACGGCCAUCAUCGGAACCGACCCCAACUUUACAGAAACCAUCGAUGAGAGCAAGAAAGAAUGGUUCAUCUAACCCGGCUGUGGUCAGAAUGUACGGACUCCUUCAGACUCGAUCAGAGCGAGCCGGAAAACUCGGCGGCGGUUUCACGUUCAAAGCUGAGAAAUGAACCAAACUGUACAUACUGAAUAUCUCGUCAAUAAUUUCUAUUGUGGUUGGGCGUUUGAAGAGUCCUUUACAUAUUUAAUUGCUGACUCAUGUGUGAACAAAGCAUUUUUUUCUUGAUUUUUUUAAACUUUCUUUAAAUUUGAGACCUUCAUAAUUGCCAGUUUGUUUUCAUUUUUAUUUCAUGUUUGAUUAUAUUGCUUAUGUUAAUCCUACAGUCUUUCAAAGCGAUUCUUGCGCGCAGUGUUUCUGAAUGACUAAAUGCCACUCUAUAUGAAUCUUUUUAUUUGCUUCACAGAAUAUAUGAGACAGAUUUCAUUUUGUAAUGACUUUGGAUUGUAUCAGUAUUUCAGAGGGAAACUGAGGCAUGCACUAUAAGAGCAUCUUGAAAAACAAAAUUAAGUCCAGCUUCACUGCUGCUUUCUUUCUUCUGCACUCAUAAAAAAUUACUUAAAAACUGAAAAUAUAUUAAUAUAUAUGAAAGUAUAUCAAUACUAAUUGCAAUUUGGCUUUAUGUUGAGAUAACAAAGUCCGUCUGCUGGCUCUAAAUGGGAAUGUGUGGCGAAAUUAACUUAAUAGUUAAAAGUGUCCAAGCUUGCAGACUUAUCCAUUAAUGUGUGUAUACAUUGCCAAACACCUCUUGGUCUUACAUGCUUGCGUUUUGCAGAAGAAUUGUAUUACGAUGAGGCUCCAAGAUAAGUUAAAAAAGUAAUUAACCUGCCUAGGCUGACGAUUACGGAACGUUUCAGUGACCUGAAGAAAGAAGGAUUGUGCUCAUUUGCUAAAAGGCUCAAUCCGAGGUGCCUUCAGGAUUCAGUCAGUGAGCCUUCUGCCUGAGAGGUGACUAACCGUUCUCAUUUAUAUAGACAAUGUGUGAAAUCAAGCCUUUGUUUAGCAGUACAGGACUCUUACAUAAGGGCAUUGCAUAAUGUAAUAUGUGCAUUGCAUAUGAGACACCUAUAUUAUAACCAUUGCUGCUAGAGCAGUAGAUUUGUUAUCUGAUGGCGAAUGAAAGGGUGUUGGCUGUAGUUUGAGUUCAUUCUACAGGUAUGCUUGUACUUGUUUGUUUGUGAUCACACUGUCACGUCAGCGUUUCGUUUCUUGAUUGCAUUUUUUAAGUAUGCUUUUGUAUUGCAUUUUUAUUAUUGCUGUAAUUGAGCCGGGGCUAAAACUAAUUUUAACUUACAGUUCCGUCUUAUUUGUAUUGAAGUAAUAGGAAACUCACCAAUACAAUUUUUCUGUCAUCACAGGGACAUGGGAAGUGCACAUGCUGAGGUUAAUGCAGCAGCCCCAACUUUCUGCUAAAAGUAAUUAUUAAAAAUAAGUUUGAAAUAUACUGUUUUCAGCGUAUUGUAGGGUCACGUGUGCCAGCUGUAGGAGAAAGUUUGUAUUUUUAUUUUGCUUUAGUUUUACUUCUCUGUAUUUUCAGUAACAGAUUUGUCAUCUCCAUUUGUGGUGGGUGCAGUCCUUUGACUUUAAGCUAAGCUUUAAGCUUGCUGUAUAUAAGACUUAGUUUAUUUAAACUAAACUGCUGUAUUGAGGACUUAAUUUACAAAAGCUAAUUUGCAUGGUGACAUAGCUAACUCAAGCUAACUUGCUGUAUCAGUGAUUUAGUUAACUUAAGCUAACUUGCUCUAUCUGUGACUUUGCUAACCCAAGCCACUUGGCUUGGUGAUUUAGCUAUUUUGGCUAAAUUGCUCCAUCAGAGACUAGGUUAACCUAUCUGUGACUUAGCUAACUUUGGCUGUUUUGCUUGUUGACUUUGCUAACCCAAGCCAAUUUGCUAUAUGAGUGACUUAAGCUAACUUGCUGCAUUAGCGACUUUACUAAUUUACUUUUAUUGGUGACUUAGCUCAUUUUGGCUGUAUUGUUUGUUGACUUUGCUAAGCCAAGCUUACUUGCUGCAUUAGUGACUUAGCUGACUUAAGCUAACUUGCUGCAUUACUUUCUGUGACGUGUUUAUAAUGUCUUUCAUUGUAGCACUUGCAAUCUUAAUAUUUCUCAAGAUAUGCUCUAUUUUGUAAAUUCACUUAAAUGGAGGCAAAUUUAUUUGGCAUAUUAUUUGCUAAGAUUAAUGCUGCUUAAAAAUGCACAACCCUCAGUUUAAAAUGUCUUCCCACGUCCCUGCCACAUCAACGGUAAGGUUGUAUUGAAAUCAGUGGUAUGUUUAACAUUUGGCACUUCCAAAUUCUGCCUGUCUAGCUUUAACAAUCCACAACAGCUUAUAACAGUUCUAGCAUGCAUGUUAGGUUUGGUUUAGUGGACAUUAAAUUCUCAAUCUGCUGAGAUGAGAAGCAGUACAGUCAGUAUGAACAUACUGUAGGGUCUGAUGGACAGGUACAUAUAUCAGAACAUGGCUCAAAGGACUGUAAAGAACUGUCUUGGUGGCAACAUCUAUGAAGACUAUGGUACAUUUGGAAAUUCCACCAAUUUUUCUCAAUUUCUGGAAUAUUCAGUGGUUGUCAGAGUGGUUUGAUAUAAAAUGCUGCAUUAUAGAGAAACUUACUGACUCACUUACUGUUCUUACGGUGGGGGUGAUAGGACCCAGGGGCCAUGUCUACAACUCAAAUGUAGUUCUCCUUUCCUACACAAGUCUUUAAAGUUUUUAUGUGUAAUGCUGAUGGUCAAAUAGUGAUUUUAAAAAAAAACUAACAAAAAACUGGGUGUUGCCUUACAGCGUACCUCUCCGCCUUGAAUGUGAAAUACAUUUUGGGCCAAAACAUUACUGUUAGACUACUGUAAAACAACGUCUCAGGCAUCAGGCAGCAUAAUCAUAGCCAUUUUAUGCAUGCAAUUCUGAAGGUAUUAAAUGCUUUGGACGUCUGGUUCAGUUUCUCUAGAACCAAACUGCUCUGAAUGACUGAUUACAAAUGAAUGAUUUAAUUAAACAGAAAAUAAAAAAAUUGGUGGAUUUCCCCUUUAAGAGCAUUCAGAAGGCAGGGAAAAUUAAAUGGAGAGCUUUGUGGAAUGUAGCAGCAGUCUGUGCAUGCAGCAGCAGUCCAAGCCGUAUUAUAAACACUGUAGAUAAACUGAAAUCUACGUGUCACACUCUCAGUGUUCCAUUAUUGUUUUUGUACAUUGUUCAAAAUUAAUAUAAUGUAUAAAUCUAUUUUUAUGAGAAUAUUUUAUAGAUGACCUAGCCAUCAUCUGUGUUUCUCUUCGUGUGUCAGGGUGGUCCAAUUGUGAAUUGCUGAGAAUUUCAGAGGUAGAUGCAGUUUCUAAAUGUCAGGCAUGGUACAGAAAGCCCUGUUUUUAACCUCUUCAUGUUUUUAUUUUAAUGUAUUUUUUGUUAUUCUGUGAUACUAAAACAUGCUUAUUAUUAUUGUUAUUAUUAUUAUUUCUUCCCAAGAGGACAUCAGUUGAAGUAUGAAAGACUUUUUUUUUUCAUGCCUCACUCCUGCUGCCUGUCAUAUCCCCUUAUGAAAUGUGACACCGCAAAUGUUUAUACACCUUCUGUUAUCUGUAAAUCCAAAUGAAAUUUUAAAAAAGUACUUUUUGAUUUUAAGGCUAACUUUGUUUACCAUGAAUAAAAUCGUAAAAGCUUUGAAGCUUUUUAUUUUAUACUGUCCACAGUUAUAAGCUAAGCUGCUUUAAAGCAUAUACAAGUCAAUAUGUUUCCAUUAUGAGACAUUAUGUGCAUACUGCUUAUGUAUCUUACUUAUCGUUUCGACGCCAGCAUGACCACUGUAUGUGAAGUUGUACAUACUGUAUUGUAAACUAUUGUGGAAUAUCAUACCUGUAUUUAGUCUUGGGGACAUAUUUUUUAACUUUUUGUUAUGAUAUUGAAAAGUCAGGAAUGAAUAGUAUAAUACUUUUUAUAUUCAGUACUACUGCGUUCCCGACUGGCUGUGUACCCGUAAGAUAUUUGUUAAAAAAAUAACAAAAAAACACUGAUCAUCCAUCUCAUCCAUGUGUGAGGCGUUACUGCAAAGUAGGGGAAAACAUUAUUAUAAGUGUGGCAAUUCUUUUGGGGAGGGAAUAAAAAGUACUUAUCAAA